AUGGCUUCCGCAGCACCGGCCGCUGGCUCGUCCUCCCACUCAAAUGCCACCUUCAGAGAUAAGGAGAAGCCGAUUGCAGUGCGGUCUUCCAACAUCGUCGCUGCCCGAGCUGUCGCCGAUGCUAUCCGGACGUCUCUAGGUCCCAGAGGUAUGGACAAGAUGAUCAGAAAUGGAAGGGGCGAGACUAUAAUCACAAAUGACGGCAACACCAUGUUGAAGAGCAUGUCUGUCAUGCACCCAACUGCCAAGAUGUUGGUCAACCUCUCUGGAGCGCAGGAUGUAGAGGCAGGAGAUGGAACCACCUCCGUAGUUGUCAUCUGCGGUGCUCUGCUGGGCGCUGCCGACCGGUUAUUGGGCAAGGGUAUUCACCCAUCAGUCAUUUCCGAGUCGUUCCAGAGAGCCGCCGCCGCCUCGGUCCAGAUCCUCCACGACAUGUCACAACCGGUAUCACUUUCCGACAAUGCCACACUUCUGCAGGCAGCAAACACCUCGCUGUCUUCCAAGAUUGUCUCUCAGUACUCUGGCCUGCUUGGCUCCAUGGCCGUCAAUGCCGUUACCAAGACGAUAGACAUCAAGAAUGCCGACAACGUCGACCUGAAGAACAUUAGAAUCAUCAAGAAGGUUGGAGGCACGAUAGAAGACAGCGAACUGGUUGAUGGUGUUGUUCUCAACCAGCCCGUCAUCAAGUCAGCAGGAGGUCCCACCAAGAUCGAGAAGGCACGAAUUGGCUUGAUCCAGUUCCAGCUCAGCCCGCCCAAGCCCGACAUGGAGAACACAAUUGCCGUGAAUGACUACCGCCAGAUGGACAAGAUUGUCAAGGAGGAGCGGUUGUACCUUUUGAACUUGGUCAAGAAGAUCAAGAAGGCCAAGUGCAAUGUUCUCCUUAUCCAGAAGUCGAUCCUACGCGAUGCUGUCAACGAUCUUUCCCUCCACUUCCUUGCCAAGCUCGGCAUCAUGGCCGUAAAGGAUAUCGAGAGAGACGAGGUUGAGUUCAUCUGCAAGUCGACUGGCUGCAAGCCCAUUGCCGACAUUGAUUCGUUCACUGAGGAUAAGCUGGGAUCUGCCGACCUUAUCGAAGAGUCUCAGGCAAACGGCGCACGAAUGGUCAAGAUCCUGGGCACCAAGAGCGCAGGCAAGACCAUCAGUGUCGUCUGCAGAGGUGCCAACAGCUUGAUUCUCGAUGAGGCUGAGCGAUCGCUGCACGAUGCUCUCUGCGUUAUCCGGUGCUUGGUCAAGAAGAAGGCUCUCAUCGCUGGUGGAGGCGCUCCUGAGAUUGAGAUUGCCGCACAACUUUCUAAGCAGGCUCGUGCUUUGACUGGCACUGAGGCCAUCUGCUGGAAGGCAUUCGCUGAUGCUCUGGAAAUCAUCCCUACGACUCUUGCAGAGAACGCUGGCCUCAACAGCAUCAAGGUCGUCACGGAACUGAGACAUCGCCACGAGAUGGGCGAGAAGUCUGCCGGUGUCAGCAUCAAGAGCGGCGGUGUCAACAACAACAUUGCCAAGGAGAACGUGCUGCAGCCCCUUUUGGUCUCUACAAGUGCGAUCGAGCUGGCCGCAGAGACAGUCAAGAUGAUUCUGCGCAUUGACGAUAUCGCACUCACCCGAUAG